UAAAUUUACUAUUUUAUCUUCUAAUUAUAUUCUUAUAAGUAAAUAGUUAAACUUAAAUUUUCAAAGUAUAAUUAUAAGGUUAAUUAUUUUUAAUAAAUAUUUUUUAAAAAAGUAAAUAAUAAGUAAUGAGUUAUUUCAAGUUAAAUUAGAUUAUUGGGUGUAAAAGAAAAUCAUACACGGUCAAUACAUAUAUUGGGUGUAGUGAGUAGUGUGCGUGGAGGAAGAGCAAAAAAUGAGGGCCGUAGUCCAGCGUGUUGCUUCAGCGACUGUAGAGGUGGAAGGGAGUAUUGUAUCAUCAAUCGGCCCGGGCUUGCUCGUUCUCCUCGGUCUUCAUGAAUCAGACCUCGACGCCGAUGCUGACUACAUAUGCAGGAAAGUGUUGAAUAUGAGGCUCUUCCCAAAUGACGAAACUGGAAAGACAUGGGAUCACAGUGUAGUACAGAAGAAUUAUGAAGUUCUAUUAGUGAGUCAGUUUACGCUAUAUGGGAUUUUGAAGGGAAACAAGCCAGAUUUUCAUGUCGCAAUGCCUCCUGAGAAAGCGAAACCAUUCUAUGUCUCUGUGGUUGAGAAAUUCCAGAAAGCUUACAAACAGGAUGGCGUCAAAGAUGGUAUCUUUGGAGCAAAGAUGAAGGUCAACUUGGUCAAUGAUGGUCCUGUCACGAUGCAUCUCGACUCAGCACAACCAUCAAAAUGAGGCUGAAGUAAUUGAGGAAGUGAUUCCUAAGCACUUAUGUAGCAGUUUGAAAUGAGAAACAUUCUGAUAUAUCUAGGUGGAAUGUAUUAAGAGGUUAGAUGCAUGAGGGAAGAAGUGCACAUUUGUGAGACCUUAGUCGGGAUGCAUAGGUGAGUCAACCUACGAGUACCGUGGUCCUCUAGAACCGCAAAACGGUUCGGGCUGACUGGAUUAUACUUAAAACUCUUUCAUUUGGAUUAAAGUGUCAUGAAUAUGAACUUUUGGCUUA